AGGGAGAGAGAGAGGGAGAGAGAGGGGGAAAGAGGACAGUCAUGCACUUGCAAGCACCCACACACAAUUUCUCACCAGACAUCCGCACACACACACACGCACACACAUCGGAGCACCUGCUUUGUAGCCACUCUGUCUUUUGGUCUCCUGGUGACCGAGCCGUGGUGCCGAGAUGCCUUCCUGUGGCUGGUUGCUGACGGCUCUGUCUUUGGCCGCACUGACAGGAAAUUCCAAUGGUGCCGUUGCAUAUAAGCAAUCUGAGAGGAACUGCUCCGUGUCACCCCCGUACCUGCCCAGCACAGUAAUAAACACCACAGUGCGGCUGCAGGACUUACGAAAGGAAAUGCUUCUCCAGGAUAUCGCUGCCUACAUCAUCCCCGCCACUGACGCUCACCUGAGUGAGUACAUUGCUCCACGUGAUGCCAGGAUGGCCUUCAUGACCGGUUUCACAGGCUCUGCAGGCACUGCCGUAGUUACUCAGACCAGGGCCGCUCUGUGGACAGACAGCCGCUACUGGGUUCAAGCAGAGAGGCAGAUGGAUUGCAGCUGGGAGCUGGAAAAAGACGUGUCCAUCAGCAGCAUAGCACAGUGGCUGAUCGCUGAGGUCCCACCCGGCGGCGAGAUGGGCUUCGAUCCCUUCCUCUUCUCCCUGAAAACGCAGGAGGGCUACAGGCUCAAUCUGGACUCCAGCAAUCGGACCCUCAAGUCCGUCCCCGUCAACCUGGUCGACCGAGUGUGGAAGGAAAGGCCGCCGGUCCUGCUUUACAACCUCACGCGCCUGCCCGACAGAGUCAUUCAAAGGCCGUGGCAGAUGAAAGUGGAGCACAUACGGAAUCAGAUGAGAGACAAUCCAUACGGACCGACGGCUCUUCUGCUGUCAGCUCUGGAUGAAACAGCCUGGCUGUUCAAUCUCCGCGGCAACGACAUCCCGUAUAAUCCCUUCUUCUACUCCUACACGCUGCUCACAAAGGAUGAGAUCUGGCUUUUUCUCCACACGGACAGAGUGACGGAGGAAUUGAGGGUUUACCUGAACGCCUCCUGCGUCGGGUCACUUUGCGUUCAGCUGAAGAGCUACGACGCCGUCCGGGAAGACCUGAAGGCCUACGUGGCCGAGCCGGGGUCCAAAGUGUGGAUCGGCACAGAGUACACAAACUAUGCGCUUUAUGAGAUCAUCACACCAGAGGAGAAACUAAUGACCAGCUCCUACUCGCCUGUGUUGACAACGAAAGCAGUGAAAGAUGAGACUGAGCAGCGGAUCCUGAGGGACGCUCAUGUGAGGGACGCGGUCGCAGUCAUCCAACUGCUGAUGUGGUUGGAGAAGGCCGUGCCGGAGGGGAAGGAGACGGAGCUGACGGCUGCAAAAUACGUCAAUGAGUGUCGCGGCAAACAGAAAGACAGCAGGGGCCCGAGCUUUGAGACCAUCUCUGCAAGUGGACCCAAUGCUGCACUCGCACAUUACAGCCCUACAGAAGAAACCAUCAGGAGGUUGACAGUUGACGAGAUGUACCUGGUCGACUCUGGGGGCCAGUAUCUAGACGGGACCACCGACAUCACGCGGACCGUUCACUGGGGAGCCCCCACAGCCGUGCAGAAGGAGGCCUUCACCCGAGUGCUCAUGGGAAACAUUGAGAUAUCUCGAACCGUCUUUCCCUCGGGGACACGAGGCGUAAACAUGGAGAUGCUGGGCCGCCGGGCAUUGUGGGAGGUGGGCCUGAACUACGGCCACGGCACAGGGCACGGUGUUGGAAACUACUUUGGAGUUCACGAGUGGCCUGUUGGAUUCCAGAGCAACAACAUUCCCUUCAGAGCCGGCAUGUUCACGUCUAUUGAACCCGGAUAUUAUAAGGAGAAUGACUUUGGGAUCCGGAUUGAAGAUGUUGCCGUGAUCGUACCUGUAAAUACAAAGUAUGGAGAUAACUACGUGACCUUUGACACUGUGUCGCUGGUCCCGUAUGACAGAAAGCUGAUUGACACCUCUCUCCUCAGCUCAGAGCAGCUUCGGUGGCUGAAUAAAUACUACAAGACAAUACGGAGGCUGGUGGGUCCCGAACUGGACUCGCAAGGAUUAAAAGAGGAGAAGGACUGGAUGCUGGAGCAUACAGAGCCCUUUGAGGAGGCUGCAUCUUCUGCAUCCGUCUUGUCCUCCUCGCUGACCCUCAUUGCUGUUACUCUCCUCCACAACAUCAUCUGAGCGUCUUCACCUCUCUUUCAGAUUUAUGCACUUAUCUCACUCCUAUGCCCUCUCGAUUGAGCGGCUACACUAUACAGAGUGAGAGACGCUCUGCAUUAAAGGGUAUUUUUGGUUUGACAAUUUAAUUGGGAUGAUAAUUAAAUGGAUGACAUUAUGGUAUUUAUAUCAUAUUCGUUUAAUAUUUGUGUGACAUUUGUGUAACCAGCUGAUAUAAUUUCUAUUUUAUUAAAGUAAAAGUCUUCAAAGCGAAGCGUUAUAAAACUUUUUUUCAGAGACACACA